AAUUUCCCCUCAUGUAACAUAGCUUAUGCGAAUAGAAUUUCCCUAAUGUAACAUAGCUUCUGCAUGACUCUAGUCUCUGCUCAUUUUAUGUCUUCUGGGCAGUGCUGCAGAGAGAGCCUCGGUCGUGCCGUGCAUCACAGUGUGGAACAACACAUGGCGGAAACACUACGGCUAGUUAGGCUCAUCUCCACCACUACGGUCGGAGCAGCGGCCUGCAGCCCAGAAGCUCAAUCGCCCCACCGGAUAGAGCUAACUCCAUGGGAUCUCCAGCUUCUUCAGCUCGGCCCCAUCCAGAAGGGCCUUCUCUUUCUCAAACCACCCACUCCAUCCCCACAACACCAACACUUUCCUGUUGUUCAGCAUCUCAAGCGCUCUCUCUCUCGCACCCUCGAUUUCUUCCCUAUCCUCGCCGGCCGCCUCGGCGUCUCCCACAACGCCGACGGCACUUCCUCCUUCUUCGUCGACUGCAACAACGCCGGCACCGACUUCGUUCACGCGGUCGCCGAUAACGUGACCGUCGCCGAUAUCCUUGAGCCCGUGUUCGUGCCUCGGAUUGUCCACUCUUUCUUCCCUCUCAAUGGUCUCCGAAAUAUCCAUGGAGUUUCCGAUCCCUUGCUGGCCGUUCAAGUAACCGAGCUCGUCGAAGGAGCUGUGGGAGACGCCGAGGCGGCAAACACUGGAGGAACUAGGCAGCAAACACUGGCCGUUCAAGCAAACACUGGCCGUGAUGAAGGAGCUGGAGACGAAAGUUAG